AUGUUUCUGGCGAACUUCAUACCUAUCUCAGUAUUGCUUGCACAAGCGCUGGCAGCUCCUCUUGCUACGUUGAAGCCUGCGAAUAUCACGUACAAAGGAUAUACCGAUCCUGAAGGAGAGGUCGAAUCCUUUCUGAAUAUCAAAUUCGCACAGGACACCAGUGGUUUCAAUCGGUUUCGACGACCUAUCCCCUUUCAGCCGGAGCCCAACUCUACCGUGGACGCUACAGUCAAGGGUGCAGCAUGCCCGCAACGCAAAGUGCCCGUGCCCGGCCUCCCAUUCUUCCAUAAUGUAACCAACAUAUCCGAGGAUUGUCUUACUCUCCGUAUCAGUCGUCCCGCCAACCUGACAGACCAUGCGAAGCUGCCAGUCAUGGUGUGGAUUUAUGGAGGUGGAGACACCAUUGGUCAGAUCUACGACGAGUUAUAUGAUCCAACAAACCUUGUCAAAGAGGCUGCGGCCAGGGAUGCUCCCAUCAUUUAUGCCGCCGUGAACUACCGAGUGACUGCCUUUGGUUUUGCUGCUUCGCCGGCUCUGGCAGAUGAAGGCAAUCUUAACGCAGCUUUGCUCGACCAGCGUCUCGGUAUCGAGUGGAUCAGAGAAAACAUUGCGACCUUUGGCGGUGACCCGGGCAACAUUACAAUUUUUGGAGAAUCCGACGGAGCCACGAAUGUUGGUCUGCAGCUUACUGCCUAUGGCGGAAAGCGUCAUGCGCCGUUCAAAAGAGCAAUCAUGGAAAGUGGCUCGCCGGCCGCUGACCCUGGAGUUGCAAGCCAACUGGCAUGGAAUGCUACGGAUAUACUUGCAGAACUUACCAACUGCACAAGUCAAAAUGGCACCAAUGUUGAAACUCUGAAGUGUCUUCGGUCGCUGCCCAUGGAAGUCAUAUUGGAAAAAGCGGAUGAGGCUUCCUUGGACCUGGUGCCUGAAUCAGGUUUCGAGACUUUCUUGCCUACCGUCGAUGAAGAUUUCAUUCCUGAGGCACCGUCAAAGAUGGUGCGCGAAGGACACUUUUACAAAGAUAUCGAUGUCAUCGUCGGAUGGAAUGAGAAUGAUGGUACCAUGUUUGUCAACAAGACGGUCUCUUCUGACGCCGAGGUGGCUGCACAAGUCAAGACGUACUACCCCGGCUUGACCGACGCGAGCAUUUCCUACAUCCUUGACCUCUAUCAAACUUCAGAUUUCUCAGCAAAAUACGGCAUAUCGGCUCAGUACUACCGACUUGCUCAGAUCUGGCGAGAUGCGGAAUUUGUGUGUCCAUCGAUAGUGCUCGCCAACCAAGUCCAUCAAUACGGUGCGCGAUCCUACCUCUUUGACUUGAAUCAAACCCUCUACGAUGAAUCGGACCCGGCUCUGCGUGCCGACUGUACUAUGCAUACCUCUGAUCUUCCAUAUGUAUUUGACACUGCCUCGACAUACAAAAACACUACCCAGAGCGAUGAUGAGCUAGCGAACAACAUGUCGAAUACAUGGGUGAUGUUUGCUCACACUGGCUCUGUGCCGGGAUCCUUGAGCUGGCCCCAGGCCUACGAAAGCGCACACAACGUGACGUUUCCAGAGACGGUUGAUGUUCGCGUUCUGGGCGGACACACCUCUGGAGUGGCCCGCGUGGAAGAAGCAUUUGAAAACACUGGCCUAUUGGAAAAUGAAUUACUGCUUGAAAGGUGUUUCUUUUGGACGAGUGAAAAGAUCUUUGCCCAAUUACGGACAUAAGGACUUGUGCAAAGCAAAGGAGCACAGAGACUCUUCCUCGCUUGCUACUCGUUCCUCAUCUUUGCGCGUGGAGUUGGUGAUUUGGUGUUUCAUGGCUUUGGACGGGAAAAAAGUUUGAGGAUGUUUUGAUGAGGUUUUGAAAAUGGAGGUUCUUGUCAAAAAGAGUACUGUACUAUUAUUUAAGAUUCUCUAUGUGUAUUACCAUCUAACGUAUACCAAUUUAAUUCUCAGUCCCGAAUAAACAUGCGCCUCAUAUGAUGAGUCAAGGAC